GAGUAUUGUCACUUUAAAGCAGACUACAUGUAUUCUACAAUGAUCUGAAAUAUCUCAUUUGAAGAUUUUAAUUUAAACAAUUUGGGUUUUGCUGUUGUUGGUAGGCCUAUGACAAGAACCCAUCAACAAAAUGUAGCCUACCUAUGUCUGGAACAUAGCACACUCCAUUCGUUUGGUAAGAUUUGCACAGUUCCCUAAAAGUUAGGAUACAGUGUCAAAGAAUAAGCCUUGACUGUCCCAUAAAAGACUGUAACAAGGACGAUUCUGGCAACACUUGUAGAACUAGGCUAUGUUGUCGUAAAUCAGCCGCUCCUCCAGACAUCGCAAGUAAAGGGUGGGAAAUUGACAGCAGGAGCUGAUGACGUCUUCGUGCGCUGCUGGAGGAUCAAUGCGGAGACAAAACCCCUCUUCACUGGAGGACCAAAAACUUCUGCCAUGAAGACCAAACCGGAAUACCGACGCAUGGACAUGGAAGCUGUGCAAGAAUGAGCAACUUUGUUUUUGUGCUCACUUGAUAUGCUGAUACCAAAGGGCGCGUUUUCACACAGGUAUGGGUUUAUCCAACCAAAGUUUUAGAGCACCAAGCCGCACUUUAGCUAGCUAACAGUUAAGUUGGCUAGCUCGCUACUAGCUCCUUGGUCAGCACCAGCCUUUUGCGAAACAAUUGGACUAAACUCUCACCGACCGGAGAACAACAGAGUGAAAGGUGGAGCACUCAAAGUUUAUUUUUGAACUAUGAAAAGCAGUUUUGUCGACGGUCUAUCUCGGGAAUAAGUACUUGGUGGUUGAGAUAUACAGGUUAUUAGUAAUUAACACUGUAUAGUUUGGAUAGGUUUGUUAGUUAUCAUGUAAUGAUGAUGCUGACGACUCGAGCAAAAACCAAGCCACUGAAACUGAUGACAGGAUGAAUGAGGAUCCGUGCUAAAAGAAGAAGAGAGAGUGUAACCAUAGCAUAACUCAAGGAAAGGGAAGUUGAAACCACCUAAAAACGGAAAGAGGCAUUUUUUGUUGUCAUUUGGGAAGUCCCCCUCGCCUCUGCUCUCCUCUCCUCGCUUCAAUCAGGCAACACGACCAGUGAAACCCUCCACCCUGGAGAGAACACCAGGUAGAGAAGGAGGAGGGAGCCCAACACUAGGCUCCAGGUCUUUCUCGAAGGGGUCGUCCGGCCUAAUGUCUCCCCCAGGAAUGACUCCGCUUUGAGGCUCAAGGUGCGUCGGUGGGCCCCUCUCCUCCUCCUCCAGCCAUGCUGGCCCUCAGCAUGGAGCAUGGCCAUGGAGCUCGCAGAGGGGUGGGGGGAAUCAGCCGCAGCCAGGGCAGAGGCCAAGGCCGAGGGCAGGGCCAGGGUCGGGCCACCACCACCACCACCACCACCGCCGCUGCUGUCACCGUUGGUGCCUCCAGCAAGGUGGGGUCCUCCUCGGCCGUGGCAUCCCCACCCAGGCUCUCCCCAACCUCGGGCCGACCCCUACCCCGCGGAGCCCCGCCCCUCAACAUCCGGCAGAAGAUCUCUCAGUGGGAGGGGCUCAGCCAGGCCGAGGAUAUCCAGGCGAGCGGUGUCGGAGGGGGGGUGAAAGGUCACAGUCGAGGAGGAAACGCGCCGCUGAGGCGGGAGCUGUCUAGCGAUGCGCUGGGAAAUGGAGUCCGUUCCCCAGUGAUGACCCGCCACAACCAUCACUACCGGGCCGAUGAAGACCCACGUGGUAAAGCCACUCUGUCCAAAGCCAAGAGCCUGGGCUUGGACUUCAGGGAAGACGCCAGGAAUGUGUGCAGCUCCGCCAUCGGGCGCAAGAUGGUCGAGACGAACACCCAACGUAUUCAGACCAUCUCAUCGCCCCGGCUCCAGGACCGUGGCGGGCACACGGGCCUGGGCAACACGGCGAGCUGCGCCCCUGUGCUCUCACCCAGUCCAACCCGUGCUCUUAAGGUCAUCCAGCUCAAGACUCCCAUCCUCUUCACGGAAGCCUCCCCCUCCAACGGGGUCCAGACGGGUGUGGCUGCCCAACGGGACUCCGACCUCUCACCUCUACCUCCACUACCUCCGUGUCCGGCCUCUCCAGCGCCCUCAUUAGAGGACCCCGAGGACAGACUCCCCCCUGGGAACUUCUACACCUCGCGCGGCUUCUGGAAGCAGCUGGAGGCUAGUGACAGCCUCUGGGACAAACACAGGGACGCUUCUCUGGCGUCCGGUACCAACAUCUCCGGCUCCGGUACCGGCACCUUCAGAGGCUUCCCGUUUACAGACGAGGUCCCGGCGCCGCCCAAACCGCAGCGCACCUUCCAGUACAGGGGGACGGCGGGGUCAGAUAGCAACGCGGCCAACUGUGGGAACCAGUGGGACUGCCAGGUCACCAACAGAACCAGAACUGCCCGAGGCAGAGUUCCCCUGGGCCCCCCUUCCUGCCCCCCUCCGCCCUGUCCUGUCCUCCUCGGCCAAGGAAAUGGCUUUUCAAGGCACAAGAAAAACAGGAAGUCGUUUGAGUUUGAGGAUGUGUCUCGGUUGGCAUCUCAGCAGGGCAGCAUCGGCAGCAGCGGAGGCUCUCGCCGCUCAGGCCUCUACCACGCCCGCUCUGAAGACAGCAUCUACGAGGACAUCAUCCCGGAUGCGUCCAGGGAGAACCCUUACGAGGACGUGAAGCUGUCCCCCAUGUGCCUGCCCAUCAGCCGGCCAAGGCCCUGGACCAUCGCCCAGAGACAGAGACCUCUGCAGACUCCCAAGCUGCCUCCAAAACCUCUGACGCUGAGAGCCUUUCCUGAGAGGCCAGAGAAGGGGCCCUCCAAACCAACCCACACCCUCACUCCCACCGCCACCGCCACCGCUACCACCCCCAAACGCAGCGUCGGCACUCGGGCAUGCAGACUGCCUCAGUAUGUGGUGAAGAUCCAUGAGGUGUUUCAGACCAAAAGGGGCUGGAAGAGGGUGAAGAGUCAAGGAACAGCCAGAGACGAGGCGAGUGGCACGGAGAGUGACCCGGAUGAUGGCAGCAAAGACGGUCUGCACAGGCUGGUGUAUAAGCAGUCUACGUUGAGGAGGAGGCCUGGCUACCGCACGCUGGAGAAAGACCUCAUCCAGCUGCAGCAGCAGCAGCUCUUCCAGCUCUUUGUAGUGGUGUCGCUCCGAAAGGCUCCUACCGGAAACACCUACAGCCCAGUCGUCACACAACAGUUCCCCACCAAGUUUGAGAAGUCGUCGCGUCUGUCUCGGGAAGCAGAGGACCGGCUGAAGGUCAUCCCCCUCUUCUGCUUCCCAGACUCGCAAGACUGGAAGCCCUCCGCUGACGGCAGAAGUGAAACGUUCUCGUUUGUGCUCACGGGCGAAGAUGGGAGUCGCUGGUUUGGGUACUGUCGCAAGAUCCUGCCCGUAGGCAAGGGGAAGAGGCUGCCAGAGGUGCACUGCAUAGUCAGCAGGCUCGGCUGCUUCAACCUCUUUGCCAAGAUCCUGGUGGAGGUGGAAAGGAGGAGGGAGAUCUCCCCUGCGCUCGUCUACCCCUUCAUGAGGAGCGUGAUGGAGGCCCCCUUCCCUGCCCCGGGCAGAACCAUCACCGUCAAGAGCUUCCUACCUGGCUCAGGGAAUGAGGUGCUGACGCUGUGUCGACCGGUGGACUCUCGGCUGGAGCAUGUGGACUUUGACAGCCUGCUGGAGUGCCUCAGCGUGGCUCACCUGCUCCAGGUCUUCGCAUCGCUGCUGCUGGAGAGAAGAGUCAUCUUCAUCGCUGACAAGCUCAGCACGUUGUCUCGGUCUGCCCACUCUGCGUUGGCGCUGCUGUACCCCUUCACCUGGCAGCACACCUUUGUGCCCGUGCUGCCUGCCAGCAUGCUGGACAUCAGCUGCUCUCCCACACCCUUCCUGAUGGGGGCGCUCUCUCCCUCGUUACCAGAACUGUUGGAACUGCCCAUCGAAGAGGUGCUCAUCGUAGAUCUAUCCGCAGACAAGUUUGUACGCCAGCUGGGUGAUGAGGACUGCAUCCUGCCCAGUAAGCUGCAGGCCGCUCUGCAUGAGAUCCUGGAGGGCAGAGAGCAGCUCCUCAGCCAGGAAGAGGCCGACAGGAGCACUGGUGAGGAGUGUGACCUGAGCUCCCUGAUCUCGGAGGCGUUUGUGCGUUUCUUCGUGGAGCUGGUGGGCCACUACCCGCUGCACAUGAGCGAGGCAGAGGCAGGGGGCGCCAGAGAGCUGCAUCGCGACAACUUCCGCAAGUCCCACCCCUCACGCGGCGCGCGCCAGUUCCUCCAGCUCUUCAUGGACACACAGAUGUUCGCCGGCUUCAUCCAGGACAGGGAGCUGCGCAAGGGAGUCAAAGGUCUGUUUGAAAUGAGAACAGCUGAAUACUUGGACUCCCAGCCAGAGCCGGAACCCAGCGUGGUCAAUAAGUUCUUCAAGGAAAUCGGCAACAAAAUGAAAUUCCUACAAAAGAAGUGAUGGUCCAGCAUCUGGAGGAGGAGGAGGCUGUACGGAAUCAUUGAUGCAUCGUGUAUCCAUGACAACCAGCAAGGAGACUGCUGGUGGUCCCUGUGAAUACAAGAUGGAGUCUAUAACCAGAGCUGACACAGCUGAGGAAUAUACUGAUCCAAACCUGUAAAGAAGCUAAAGCACAAGUCCAGUACACAGGUUUACUGGUCACUGACCCGGGCACCCGGGCAUAGACAUGUCUAGAUGGACAGUGAGUGUAUAUCUAUGGACCUGAGUAUGUUAACUGGGAGUUAGAGGUAAACCUUCUAAAAGAAGAGUCCUGUUGAUUUGUUUUGCUAGAAAAAGACGCAAUGGCGGGCUAUUCCAUUAGGAGGUUUAUUACUAUUGAGUUAACUGAUCUGGGUUCAGUCUAAAUAAAACAAGAGCAAACAAACACCCUGUCUGGGCUGGAUAAGCACCGAGCAGACCUCACUAUUAAAAGAGAGAGGUGAUACAGAAAAGAGGAGUAAUAAAGAAACGAGAAGAGAAAGAAGAGAAAAGAUUAUGUAAACUCCCUGCAGGAGUGUCAGUGCAAUUGGAAUGAAACUGGAAUUGGAUUUCUUGUAUUAUUUUUUUAAAAGCAAGAGAGACUGGUUGGGGGUUGUAUGUGAUUGUAAGAGUUAAAGCUACUGCUAUGGGUUAAGAGUUAACUUAAGAGUUGUCUGUAGCCACGUUCGCAUUUGAGCAGCGUGCAUUGAUCUCUGGAAUAUCCAUCUACGUGUUGAUGUUGCAGCAUAUUGUUCAGGGUUCAGCGCUGCUGUGCAGUGCUACACAGCCCUGCUCAAUUGUGAACGUGGCUCAUGCCUCUCUUACUAACCUGCCCUAUGCCUUGUACAUAAUGUCUAUGUUAACACUGUUUGAUGUUUUUGUGUUUUAUAAGUAAUAAUCUAAUGAACUGGAAAAGUGGACAAGGUUUUUUAUUUCAAAAUAAACCAAUUGGAGUAUUUUAUACUUAGGUUUUUACAUUUCUUUGUAUUUAUUUAUAACAGCUGACUUCAAGUCAUCAUCUCACACUUAUGACACUUGCCAUCAGACAUGGACUUCAACCCUUGGUGUUUUGUCUAACAGCAUUUCAGUACAAAAACGUCUGUACAGUUUUUUCUACAUAUACUGUGUUGCCAUUACCAAUUGCUUGUAAAACAUUCCAAAUAAAUCUCCUAAUGCAAC